UCAGACAUCUUUCUAGAGCCAGCCAUGGCACAUGACGCAGAGACUCUAGCAGAAGCCUCCGCGGUCAAGUUCAAGAAUCAGGACUUCAGGUCCUUACGAGAUCAUUGCCUGAGCAGGGGUCAGCUGUUUAUAGAUGAUACAUUCCCUGCUGAGGCAUCUUCCAUAGGCCAGAAGCUUCUCAAGGGAAAGCGCCUUUCGAAAUUGGAGUGGAAACGACCACAGGAUGUAACCUUCGGCCCCCCUCACUUCAUUCUGGAAGGUGCAAGCAGAUUUGACAUCCAACAAGGAAGAGCAGGAGACUGCUGGUUCCUGGCAGCACUGGGCUCCCUGACCCAGAACCCGCAGUGUCUGCAGAAGAUCCUGAUAAACCAAAGCUAUUCGCACCAGUAUGCUGGGAUUUUCCGGUUCCGGUUCUGGCAGUGUGGCCAGUGGGUGGAGGUAGUGAUCGAUGACCUCUUGCCUGUCGUAGGCAACAGCUUCCUCUUCGUGCAUCCUCGCAGAGGCAACCAGGAAUUUUGGCCCUGCCUGAUGGAGAAAGCCUAUGCCAAGCUGCUUGGCUCCUAUUCCCAAUUACACUAUGGCUACCUUCCUGAUGCCCUGGUGGACCUCACAGGAGGAGUGGUCACCAUCGUCAACCUCCACUCCUCUCCAUCUGACCUACUGAUGGCAGUGAAGACCGCAGUCCAGGCAGGCUCAAUGGUGGCCUGUGCCACCCCAAAGGGGCCAACAGAAGAGGCUGAGGUGAUGGAAAAUGGACUAGUGAGCCAGCAUGCAUACACAGUGACCGGAGCUGAACAGAUUCAGCACCAGAAGGGCUGGGAAGAAAUCAUCCGCCUUUGGAACCCCUGGGGCAACACAGAAUGGAGAGGGCGCUGGAGAGAUGGGUCCCAGGAGUGGAAGGAAACCCAGGACCCACGGAAAAAGCAGCUGUAUGGGAACAAGGAUGAUGGCGAGUUUUGGAUGUCCUGUCGAGAUUUCCAGGAGAACUUCUCGUGCCUGUUCGUAUGUAACCAGAUCCCAAUCACGCUGGACCAUGGAGUCACACCCAACGAGAGUUGGCGACAAAUGAGGUUUAAGAACCAAGUGAUCUCAGGAAACACAACAGGAGGACACGGGAGGGAUUUGCAAUACCUCUUUGGUGUUCAAGAGCACACUGAUGGUAAUAAUGUUGUUGUGGCCUUUACAAUCAUGCCACAACAUGUGAAGACAGAAGAGGAGAUAUUUCCACUACAGUUCCAGGUAUUCAAGGUAAGCAAUUUCCAGAAGUUCCAGAAAAGAUUGCCGCCUGCAUUUUUCUCUCCAUUUAGAAAUGCUGCCCAGGGCAUAGACUAUGUAACCAAGUGCAACUUCACAAGGUCCUUGCACCUGAGUCCUGGGACCUAUGUAGUGGUUCCCUCGGCACACGGAAAAGAAGUGGAAUUCCUGCUCCGAAUAUUCCUCAAAAUGCCAGACGAGGACAGGAAUUUGAGCAGCAAUUUCAACCUCAGAGACCUCAAGGGAAUUCUUUCAGAAAAUGGAUCCCAAAAUAGCAGUUUCUACAAAUACAUGGAUCAGGAGCUGGACAUUGAUGCCACCCAACUUCAGAGCCUUCUCAACCAGGAGUUCCUAACAGGGCCUCCAGGGGACACUUUCUCCUUGGACCAGUGCCAAAGCAUCAUGGCUCUGAUGGAUCUGAAGGUGAAUGGACGGCUAGACCGAGAGGAGUUUUCCAGACUACGGAGUCGCCUUGUCCACUGCCAGCAUGUUUUCCAGAGCAUCCAGAGAAGCCCUGGAGGUCUCCUCAGCUCGGACUUAUGGAAGGUCAUAGAAAGUACAGACUUCCUUUCAGGAGUCUUCAUCAGCAGCGAGCUUUUGAGUCUCAUGACACUCAGGUACAGCAAUAGCUCUGGCCAGGUCAGCUUCCCCAGUCUUGUCUGCUUCCUGAUCCGGCUGGAAACCAUGGCAAAGGCAUUCCGCAACCUGUCCAAGGAUGGCAAAGGCAUCUACCUGACAGAAAUGGAGUGGAUGAACCUGGUCAUGUACAGCUGA